AGUAGAGCUGCAUUGAGCAGGUGAUACUGGAACUAUCCUGAGGGGUGUACUGUAGGUGUGGUGGAUAGAUUAGGCUUUACAUAGGGAGAGACUGUUCCAGACUGGCAAAAACCCUAGAGAUGCAGAGAGCGCUGGAGGGAGGGAGAGAGAGGGGUGGUGGGGUGCAGAACACACCCACAGCCAGUGAACAGAAUGUUUCAUAACCAGGGGUGACUGGUGUGUCUGUGUUCCAGAGUGUAGAAGAAUAGAAUAGAGAAAGAUCAGGAGCUGAGAGAACACCCCCUGGUGUUGGUAGUGUUGAUGUCACUAUAGGAGGAGCUCUCUGGACAGGAGCUCUCUGUCCACUCACACCCAGUCCAACCCUGGUCUUCUCUUCCUUUCCUCCUCUACUCCUCUGGGAUUGACCUGACCCUUAUUCCUCUCAUCUCCUAUUUCUAUCAUUUCUUCCUCCUGUCCUCUGUGUGGAGCAGUGCAACAGAGCCAUGCACCCCCAGCGUCCUCUCCCCCAGGCCAUGCCCUCCUCCCUCGGGCAGAACCUGCGUGACAUGGCCAUGGGCCUAGGCAGAGGGAAGAACUUCCUUGGUGGGAACAUUGCCUACGGCUUCAUCCAGUCCCUCAAGGAGUGCCUCUACUUCGUACUCUGCUGCUGGUGCAUCAAGGAGAUACUGGACUGACUGACUGAGACACUACGAGAGGGAGACAGGGGCACGAGGUGCCCAUGAUGCAGUUCUGUAUUCCUGUCUGGAGGCUUGGGAAACUGAUGUGCUUCCUGGUGUAUCAGAGGAUCUCUGUUAUUCUCUGAUCCUGAGUCAGUCGGUCUGGAGACCUGCAGUGUGUGUGAAGCGUCGUCUUAACACCAAUCAGCUGAUCCUAGACCUGUGGAGAAACCAAACCUGUGAGGCAAUGGACAUGGCUUUUGAUGCUGCUUAGGUCACAUUUAAUUCCAAGUUGUAUUAAUUUCUGUACAGUCUUAAUAUGAAAGGAAUAAACUAUAUCUGAUUUUG